AUGAGCCCCGAGGACGAGGAGGCCACAGCCUCCCCGGGAGGUCAAAGUGGACGCCCGCUGGGGCUUUCUCUCCUAAAUGCCUUCCCUGGACCAGGCAGAGGUACGAACACCGUGGGUGUUCUCCCAUCCGGCCACGAGACGUCGCUGCAGCGUCACGCUUCCCGCUCGGAAAGUCCGCCUGCCCCGAGGCGCCAAACUGUGGGCGAGGAGAGCGAGGCGGAGGACGCGGCUCUCGGGGACUUCCUCCAGUCCUUUCUGAGGCCCGGGCACACCUGCCGGGGCACCUGUGCGGCUCGCGGAGCCCCUCUCCCCGGGCCGGCCCCAGGCUCCCCAGCGAGCCCCCGGCGGGCGGACGGGACUUGGCCUGAGAUCGGCGCGGGGCUCGGCCGCUCGGGGGUCCGGGCGCCCCUGAGGGGGGGGGGGUCCGGGGCCGCUCGCCCAAGCACUUGUUCAUCGCCGCCGACGGAGCGAAGCCUGCGCUCCGGCCAGAGGAUUGAGGGGACUCCCUCCGCUCCCCAUCUGCUCCCCCGCUUAGUUCCCCCCGAUCUCCCCUUUAUUUCCAAGAACUGCCCCCGGAGGAGGUCUCGGGACGCCUCCGUUCCCGGCCUCGGGCCCCGUCACCGGGAGAGAAGGGACGAGGUGCGAACUGCGCCGCGCGCUCUGGGGAGCAGACCCCGAGCGAGCGGCCGCGCCGGGGGCCCGGAGCCCCAGCCCUCCCGCUCGGCCUCGGCAAACUCGAACCCGCGGGACUCUGGAAAUGGAAUCGGAUGCGGCGGAAACUCCCUCUUGCUGAGCCAGCUGUUCAGUCCGAAACAGCUACCCUCGGAUAUGAAAGAUGAAGCCACCAAUUCUCUUAGCUCUCGUGAUCUGUUCGGUAGUCAGCACAAAUCUGAAGUUUGUAUCAAAGAGGAAUUCUGGAGAAUUGGUGCUAUUCGGUAA